ACUAUAAGAAUAUUUUUAUUUUUAUAAAAUUUUAUAUUAAUUAUUGUUAUGAGGUAUAAAUAUAAAUAUUAAAUACCACAGUAUACCUAUUAAUUAGAUAUACAAAUAGGUAAAAUUAUAAUAUACUAGAUUAUUUAUUUCAAAAUAAAUGUGGUUUGAUAUUUUUAAAUUUAAUCAUUGAAAAGCUCAAGACGUAGAACAGAAUUAUUUUUGUACUUUUUUGCAUUACGUUUAGAUAAAAAAAAUAAAUUAUUUAAAGAAACAUAAUUUAUUUUUUUUUAUUUGAGCAAAUCAAACAAUCUAAUAAUAUGAGCGACUCCUCUAAUAGUUCAGAAUCUAGAACGAAGAAGAGGAUUCAGGAAGCCAAGAAUAAAGCCAGACCAGGUAAUACUAAUCAAAAAAAUAUAUAAGUAGGUAGGUAGAUUGUAAUAGCCAUAAUAUUGCUCUGCCAUAAUGAGAGAUAGCAACUUCCAAUUUUUCAAAAAUUAUAUUGCAGAUUAUUGUUUAUUGAAUCAUAAUACUUUUUUAUAUUGGUUUUGCUAGUUUGUAAUUCUAUUAAUGCAAAAAAACAUCAUUUAAAUACUGAAAAUUGUUUAAAAAAUGAGGGAAAAUAGACUGAUAUGGUAAGGGUAUGUCAUGAGAAGAGAAGAGGAACCAGAAACAAUUAAGAAUUAUAGUGAAAAUAAAAGUAGGAGGAAAGAGAGAAAGACUUAAAAAGAAGUAAUUGGAUUUGAUUAAGAAAGAUACAAGGACAACUGGUGUGUGCAAUGUGGGUCAAGUGAAUGUUUAGUAUGAGGGUGGCUGACCUCAAAAAGUUGGGAUGAAGGUAAACAAAAAGUAAAAAAUUAUCUUUUAAAAUUAAUUGUCUACCAAAAUUUCACCUAUUACUAGAUAAAUAAGUGGUAAAUGAAUUCCUUGAAGAAAAUUCAGUACCUAUAUCAUACAUUUCGUAGUUGGGUACUACGAAAUUAACUGACAACUGUUAAUUGCAGACCUGUGUCUGCAAUUUACAUUAGACAUGUUAAUAAUUGAACAGAUACUAAUAUUGUAGUUUAACAUACUAUUAAAAUUCAAUGCAAAUUAUUUUUUUUUUGGAAUUUCUAUUCGUUUUAUAUGUUGGAAUCAUAUAAUAAAUAUUUUUCUUUGUUAAUUCUUUUACACUUAAUGUUACGCCAAACUAAUCUAAACGGUUUUUCAACCAUUUUCAACCUUUUCCCAAUACUUUUCCUACUUUUUUUACAUAAAAGUAUUAAUUGUAGUAAUGUUUGAUUACUUUUUAUUUUCUAAUAGUUAGAAUAGUUAUUAGCAGGGCACAGAUUAUAAAGCAAUGAAAAUAACUAAUGUAUGCACUAUAAUUUUAUUUAACAAAUCUUAAAAAAAACAUUGUAAUAUUACCUGAAAAUUUUUAAAGUAAACUAUAAUAUAAAAUGAAAUAAAACAUUAAUUUUUUUCUUAUUUAUUCAUAUAAAUCACAGAUUAUUUCUACUAUUACAAUUUAUUCAUGUAAUAUUUUUAGAAUUUGACGAUACAGACACGUUUCUAGACUCAAUUUUCCUGUUUGAUAUUUUUAUUAUAGCUCAAAUUUCAGCUUCAUAUAAUAAAACCAAAAAAAUAUAAUAUCUUAGACAUUUUACGGAAUGCACCAAUAGCUUUCUCCUGUAUUUAAUUUUUAUUAAGUGUUGUAUAACUAACUUAUAUAGCUAGAUAUUUAAACUUCUGAAAUUUUACUAUAUGCUAGCCCCUCAUGAAUAUCUGUUCUACAAUUUGUUUCUUUGAAAUUAUCAUUUAAUUUGUUUUAUUUAUAUUAAGAGAAUAUCCAAAACUGUUUAAGAUUAUUUCUAACUUAAACCAAAUAUGCUUCUGAAAUCAGAAUUGAAUUUCAAAAAUAAGAAAAACCAAUUUUUUUCAAUAAUUGUAUUUCCUGUAAAUACUGCCUUUCACUUUAGUAGGGCAGUAUAAAUAUAUAUUUAUAUUCUAAUUAUUGAAAUGGAUUAUUAUUAUUAUUCUUAAUUAUCAUCAAAUAAAAAAACUACUACUAAGUAAUUAUAAAAAUAUAAUAGUUGGAUUUGAAUUUUUUCAAGUGAAAUCUAUCAAGUCUCACAAUGAAAUAUGAAGUCUGGUGUAUCAAGUAUAAUCAUAAAUAGGCACCCAAUUACUUUUUCUACAAUAUUAUUUCCAGAAAAAAUACUAUAAAUAGUAUAAUUAGUAAUAAUACAUUAAAUAGGUUAGCUUAGAUUAGGUUAGGUACCUUGUUUUAAAUGUCUGUCUAUGAAUUCUAUCUGCACAAUUAUUAUCAUGAAUAUUGAUUUUAUUAUAUUCACAUUGAUUGUAAAUAAAACUUUUACUAAUAAUUGCAAUAACUACUUAGAAGUAAAAUAAUUAAGAAUUAAAUGAAAUACAAAAUUUAAUUUCCCAUGUUUAUGCUUUUAAACGAUAAUAAAAACUGAUCAAAGUGUAUCAUACACACAUCAAUGUAUGUUACUUCACUUCCUUAGUGAGUAUGUGUAUUUAUGUUAUAUAUUUUAAAAUAUUUUGUUCAAAAUAAUUUUCGUUGAGUAGUUUAUUGAAUUUUUCAAAAUUUUUGAUUAAAUAGUUUGGGAAGUUAAAGGGGAGGUAAUUUUAUUAUACAUUUUAUGAGCCUAUAUGUCUCAAAAUAUUGGUCUUUAUAAAAUAUAUUACACAAGAAUUUUUAUUGUAUUUUUAAAGACUUUCAAUAAUAGUAGACACAAUGUUGUGUUCGAAUAAUACAAAUUUUAUUCCCCGGUUUUAUGCUUAGAAAAAUGUAGAUUAUUUUUUGACUAUUCAAUUGUGUGGCUGAUUACAUAAGACACCUUCCUGUAAAAUUGCAUCAAAAUCUAUUAAAAACUGGCAGAGUAAGCCCGUCACAUAAUAAUAGACACACAGACAGAUGGACAUGACAAAAUUAUAAGAAUUUAGCUUUUGAAUUAAGAACCUUUAAAAAAAUUAAUUUUUUUUGAUAAAUUUUGUAAAUAAUUAUAAUGAAUUAAUUAUGUAGGUAUUGUAUAUUUAUUCUUGUUUCAAUUUGAGACUAAAUAAAGUUUAAAAUUGCAAAAUGCUUUAAAUCAUGUGACUAUUUUCAAUCUAUAGUGUUCUCUUGAUUUAUUUAAGAUAUUUUUCUCAAAAAUACUAUAUAUACCUACAUGUUUUAUAAGUGCAUUUUAAAUUAUUCACCAUGUAUUUUUCUUUAGAACUAAAUGACAAAUAUGCAUGGUUUACUCAUGGUUAUGCAGACAAUUUUAAGACUUUCAUAAAAGUUCAAGAUAAUGUGGAUCGAAUUAAUGUUGAAAAUGUUAGUCCGGAAAUAUUUGUUGAAAAAUAUGAGCGUCCCUAUAAACCAGUUGUGAUUAGAGGAUUACAAAGCAACUGGAAAGCUUCAUAUAAAUGGACGUUAGAGGUAUAUUUAUUAUAAUAAUUUAUUUGUUUAUUCAUACUUGUGACAAUUUUUUAUUUAAUUAGAGAAUUAAUAAAAAAUACCGUAACCAAAGGUUUAAAUGUGGAGAAGAUAAUCAAGGAUAUAGUGUUAAAAUGAAAAUGAAAUAUUUUGUACACUAUAUGAAUAACAAUAAGGAUGAUAGUCCUUUAUAUAUAUUCGAUAGUAGUUUUGGUGAUGUAUGUUAAAUUAAUUUUUUUUAAUGCUAUUUUAAGUAAAUAUAUAUGUAUUUUGUAAUAUUUAUACAGGGUAAUUCACUCAACUCAACUAUUAUCUAGGAAAGUAUUAAUUUUUUGGGAAUUUUUUUUAUUUCAAAUACCUAAGAAAUUAUUAAAACGCUGCGUGCUGUGUUGCCAUAUUUAUGAUGUACUACUAUUCUCGCCUAAUCCAAACCUAGAAGUGAAAUAUCUCGUUAAUGGAUUGAUAGAAAUCAAAAAUUUCCACACCAAUAUUUAUUUUAACUAAAACUCCAUCUAUUUAUUAAAUUUUUAAUACAGGUUGCCAUUUGAAGAUCAAUAUUAGGUAGUAGUUACUAGUUUUACCUCCAUAAAUAAAGGUGACAAAUUCUAGAGUGGAUUCUUUCUUAAAUGUUCUUUAAAACAAAUUCCGAAAAAAGUUAAUACUUUUCGAAAUAGUGAGUGUUUCAAGUUGAGUCAAUGAACCUGUAUAUUUUUGUAUAGUUUUUAAUUUUGGGCUUAUUUAAGUCCAACAAUAUUAUGUUGUGCUUAGGUAACAGCAUACUGCUAUAACAUACAGGUAGAGAUCCCUAUUUAAAUACUGACAAAAUACAAUAUGACUGAUCAUGGCUAGAUUAAUGGCCUAGUUCAUUGUCAAACUUGAUAAUAAACAAUUUAUGUGAUACAAUGUACCGGGGAGCCUUUGUCUUCUCUUUUUUACUCUCCCUCCUUAAAUUCAAGUUUUUAACUGAUAUGAGAUUUGACAUGUUAAUUUUUUUAAUCAGCCGUAUCACAAGUUCUCAAUUAUUCCCUAUGAUUAACAUCCAUAUAAAUAUUAUGUAUUAAAACAUGCUUGGUUGUAUGAAUUCUUUAUACAGCAUCAUAGAAGAAAAAAAUUAUUAGACGAUUACGACAUACCCAUAUAUUUUCAAGAUGACUUAUUUAAAUAUGCUGGCGAAAAAAAAAGGCCCCCUUAUAGAUGGUUUGUUAUGGGCUCUUCUAGAUCAGGAACAGGAAUUCACAUAGAUCCUUUAGGAACCAGUGCUUGGAAUUCGUUAAUUACUGGACAUAAAAGGUAGUCUAUUUACCAAAUUAGUAAUGAAGUAUUAAUUAUAAUAUUAAUAUUAUAUUAUACUUGUUAAUUAUUUAACAUUUUUUAUUAGAUGGUGUUUGUUUCCUACUCAUACUCCUAAAGGAUUACUCAAAGUCACUUCGGCCGAAGGCGGAAAACAGCGCGACGAAGCAAUUACUUGGUUUAAAAUAAUCUAUCCUCGUACUCAGUUGCCUUCAUGGCCUAAGGAUUGUACACCAGUUAGUUUUAUUUAUAUUUUAUAAUUGUAAUUUAAACAAAUGCGAAUAGAAAGUCAUCAUUAGCUAGUAUCACGAGAUUUCAUUUUGUAAAAGUUAAUAAUGUGAUAUUGAAAAAUAAAUUAUGUUUUACUAUGUGUAGGACAAGAAAGUACUUCAAAAUGAAUAUUGAAGGGUUGGAGAAUAAAUUGCACUAGCAAUUUGAUUAUGAAAAAAAAAGGUUAUGAUUAUGUUAGUUUAUAAGAGAUGGGAGAUUGAGUUUUUUAAGGAUAAAUUUACAGUAAUAUGGUGGACAUGGUAUUUUUAAUACAUAGGCUAAAAGCUAAGAAAUUUACUUGAGACACUCAAUUUGGGGCAAGCAACUAUACUUGAGUGUCCCAAAUAACUGACCCAUAUUUAGCUAUUUUGUAAUGUAUAUAAAUAAUUUAUAUGCCAAAAUAUGUAAAAAUUUUAAAUCAAAUUAGUAUUGUAGUUAUUUAUUUUUUUAUUAAUUUUAGAUAGAGAUACUUCAAGGUCCUGGUGAAACGGUGUAUGUACCUGGUGGAUGGUGGCAUGUAGUACUCAACCUAGAUACCACUAUAGCAGUAACUCAAAAUUUUUGUAGUCGUACAAAUUUCCCUGUGGUAUGGCAUAAAACUGUUAGAGGACGUCCUAAACUGUCACGAAAGUGGUAUAAAGUCUUAAAAAACAAAGAACCUGAGUUAGCAGCAAUUGCUGACUCAGUAGAUUUAAAGAAUCACACAGGUCUUGCAUCAGACAGUUCGAGUUGUUCGAGUAGUUCUAGUAGUUCAAGUAGUUCCAGUAAUGGAAAUUCUAGUGAAGAAGAUAGCGGACAAGAAUCUCUACAUGCUCAUAAGAAAAGGUAUAUCUACUGCUUAGUAAAUUUAUAUCAAUAUACCCUACUUAUAUAUUUUUAAACUUUGGUUCACAAAAAUUUAACUUGUCUUUAAAGGUACCAAAAUGUAUAAAUUCAUAUUAUUGUUAUUAAACACAAUAUAAUAUUUAAAGAACAUAGUUAAUAUUUUUAUAUUCUGACGCUUUAUUUAAACAUCUUUUCUGCCAAAAAUCUUGUAGCAAUCUUCAAGUUUAUUUCUGAAAGAAAAUUGUAUUUAUUUAGUACAUUAAGGAAGUUAUUUUUUGAUUUUCCUUAUAGUUUUCUUAUUACACAGGGAAAAAAUAGGAAAAUUUACUCAAUAACAGUUUCCACCAUUUUCGAAUUUGUUCUUUUGAUUUUUAUCUGGUUAAAAAUAAUUUUAGACCUGACAUUUUCUCUGAGUACUUAUAUUAGCUGUUUCUAAAUUAAGUAAAAUUUUCAAAACAUUCUGACGAUUCUUGAACUACAUAUAGGCAUUUGAAAUUUCCUAGUUUUUUUGCCAAACAAAAAUGUUUUAAAACGAUUUAACAUGAAAUAAUGUUGUGCCUUUAUGCGUUGCCUUUAGUGGUAAAAUAAAAAAGUUGGCAAAAUUUAGUAGGUAUUUUUUUAAAAAGUCUAUAUUAUGCGAAAUAAUGGGUAAUCAAUGAUAAGAAAAUCACUCUGUAUAUAUAUAUACAUAUAUACAUACAGUGUGUCCCACCAUGUUCAAUUGAUUUUUCUAGAGCUGUUAAUACUUUUAAUUUUUUUUUUUUAAUUGGUGUUUUUUGGAGGGAGACAUUGAUUUGGACAAAUAUACAAUUUUUAUUUUCAUUUUUUUAAUAAUAAAAAAAAUAAAAUUUAUUUAUUAAUUUUACAAAAUUUUUAAAAUAGUCAUUUUGUAAAAGAUAUUUUUCUAAAAAUUUUAAUGUGCCACACAUUCAUAUCUGAUGAAGUUUCUUAAUAAUAGCCAUUUAAUUUAAUUUCUAGAAAACAAUUAAUAUUUAAUAAUAUUGAUGUGUCCCCCCCCCCAAAGAAACACCAAUUAAAAAAAAAUAUAUAUAUUAUUAACAGCUCUAGAAAAAUCCAUUAAAUAUUGUAGGACACACUGUAUACAUACAAAUUUCAAGUUUACGAAUAUUUUUAACUGAAUUAUAAAAAAAAAAAAAAAUCCCUUUUGGGAAAAACAAGAUCAUUAAUAAGUAUUAUAUCAAGGCAUAAAACAUAUUACUGAUUUUGAGGUUUAUAUCAACAAGUAAUUGUAAGUAAUGGUUUAUAAUACAAAAAGCACAAAAUAAAUUUUUCUGUUUGUAAAUGUUCGAAUGUGUAUUUGGGAACAUAUUACUCUGUAAGUUUUUAUCUCUCAAAAUAAUACUGGGGAAAUUACCGUUGCUUAGUUUCUUACUAAUAUCUUUUAAUGAUAGGAAUUGUAUUGUUAUAAUAGUUAUUGUUGCCAAGGUUGUAUUUUUUUUUAACCUCUUGACAUGUCAAAAAAAUAAAUAUAGUGGGAAAUAUAACUUUUCUAACAGAGAAAAACCUACUGUGACGAGACUUUUUUAAAUUUUAUAUGACAAUGGUUUAUUUAGUAACUUUAAGAUAGAAUUAGAGUGUUCAUUUUGAAUUUCUAAUUAAUUUGAUUAAUAUAAAAUUUUCUAAAAUAAUAGAUUGUUUCAUCAAAUUUUUAAAAUAUCAAAACAGUUACUAUAACAGAUAUAGUUUUAUAGUUAUUUAUUUUUGAAAUGUGUUAUUUAUCUGUAAAAUUGAUUAAAUUCAAAUUGUUUGUUUAUUAUAUUCACUUAGUAGACAAGUAUUUUGAUUUAGACAAACUAAUGUUUAAAAACGCAUCUACAUAAAUCAUAAGUUUCCUUGAUAUUUUAGAAGUUUGGUUAACAUAUUUUGACCAAUGUUCAAUAAAUGUUUGUUAGGCGUGGAUAUACCCUUUUAAGUAAUCAAUGUCUCAUUAAUUUAUUUAAUAUUUUGUUUUAAAUACUAUUAUACAAAUUAAACAAACAAUUAUUACUGUUCACUUAAUAAUCAAAUCAAAAACAAUUAAGGAAUUUACAACCAAGUACAUCACAGUUAUUGAUAUUUAGUAUACAAUUUGUAUUAAAAAUAUGAACUAACACCAAAAUAUACAGUAAUUCUAUUGGAAUUUUUAAUAGCAAAUGCCUAACAUAAUUAAUAACUAUUUUUUUUCAGAUGUAAAUUAUCUUCACCGAAUUAAGUUUUUUUGGAUAUUUUAAAGCUAAAAAGUCAAUAUAACUGUAUUAUUAUAACAAUUUAUAUUCUAAAUAGGGUCGGCAAUAUUGGAGACUAAGUAUUCUAUUCCUUACUAAUAAUUUUAAUUAAUUUUAUAUUUACUAACUUUAUGUGCAGAGUAUUCCUUAUGUUAUAAAACAAAUGAUAACAAUGUUAAUAAUAAACAAACUACAAUGUAUCAAAUUAAAAAAAAAAAAAAAUGUAUUUUUAAAUAAAUUAUUUUGACAAUAUUUUGAGUGUUAUUCGUUAUUCAAAAAUAUGUACUUCUUUUUAUACUUUUAAUAAAAAAUAAUGCGUUUUAUAUUUUUCAUUUUUUGUUUUAACAAAGAAAAUCUUUAUAAGACCUAAAAAAUUUAAUUCAACUGGACCCUGAUGGCGUUUCUUGUGGUAGAAGUUUUGGACCAUAUAGAAGUACAUACGCACAAUGCCAGUCACCUGUACAAAAUAUAAGUUUGCAUUUAUUUAAAUAUUGAUUUUAAACAUAUUAUAUAUUAAAUUAUUACCGCCGCCAGACAAUUUAAGUAUAUCUUCAGACACUACCGGUGUAGUUGUAUCAUCAUCACAUUUUACCCAUUUAUCAGACGUUGGGGAAUGUCUAACCCAACCAACAUAAUGACCACUAGAGCUUGAUCUACCUUUAUGGGUUAAAACAGCCUGAAGAGUGUAGUAACCAGAGUUAUUCGAACCAUAAUCUGUGGAAAAUUAAACGAGAAGGUUAUCAAAUAGAAUAUGUAUAAUAAAUUAUAAUAUUUACCAUCUUUAAACCAAUAUGGGGCAGUUGGUUUAUUUUCUUCUUUAGAAUCUCCCAUAUUUUUCACACUUGGCUUUACUACUUCAUGGGCCAAUUUAUCUUCUAAUUCCUUUAUU